CUGAUCAGCUGAUCCUUAGGUCUGCUGGUUUUCUGGACCGGUUCUGGUCCGCUGAUCAGGUGAUCCUUAGGUCUGCUGGUUUUCUGGACCGGUUCUGGUCCGCUGAUCAGGUGAUCCUUAGGUCCGCUGGUCUUCUGGACCCCUGCUGAUCAGCUGAUCCCUUGGUCCGCUGGUCUUCUGCACCGGUGCUGGUCCACUGAUUUGUCCUCUGGUUCCUCUCUCUGGUAGUCCUCUGCUCCCGUGGCCUGGUUGUCUCCUGGUCCAUUGGCCUUGUGGUCAGUGGCGCGAUUGGACCCCGGAGGAUGUCGUGCCGAGGUGGCGCGGGGAUGGUCCGCGGUGGCCCCUCUGCUCUUCAGCCCCUCAAGGCUACGGUUCCCUUCCAGCUGCAUAGCAAAACACAAGUGGUGCUGAAGGAUGCCAAAACAGCUGAGAAAGCAAAAUCGCUGCCCCCGAAGUCGAGCAUCCGCCGCACGUUGUCCUUGGACACGGUGGUCAUCGGACCUUACCUGCAGGGCCAGUGGCCCAAGGAGCUGGAGCAGCAGCAAGGGCUCGAUUACGUGAAUGACAAAGCGACACAGACACCCAGCUCAUGGUCAGAAGAGACCCAGGACAGAAGAGGGUGUGGGAGGCACAAGCGCUCUGCAUCGUGGGGCAGCGCAAGGCACCUGAGGGAGACACUACCAGUUCCCAUCCUCCAAACAGCCCUGAGCCGGCUGACCCUGCGCCACAGUGUGGAAGCCCUCAACCAGGAGCUGGAGGGGGUCUUUGUGUGCGAGAUGCCUGAGGAGCGGCACAAGUUUCUGGAGGUCCCCGAUGGCCACAGGGCUCCGGUACCAGCUCAGAGGUGCAGCACUGGCUUGCAGAGUGACCCAUCCCCCGUCCUCCUGUCCUCAUCUCCGUCUCCCUUUGCUCUGGGAGAAGUGCCUUCAGAUCUGGACAGAGAGCUGUUGGGUCGCAGCACCGCAGAACCCUCUUUCCUGCUUCUGUCGUCCUCUCCACGUCCCAACAGGAGCUACUCCUUUCAGAGGGAGCCCCCCGAGGGCUGCGAGAGGGUGCGAGUGUCUGAGGAAUCCCCCUCUGCCUGUCUAGGCCAGUCCCCCUUCCCAUUGUCCUGCCCCGAUCCUAAUAAGGUGAAUUUCACACCGCGCAGCGGCUCUGCCUUCUGCCCCGUCAGCCUUCGGAAGCCCCUGCUGCCCUCCGUGGACUUCCUGUUGCGCAACCUGUCCGUGCCCCCUGUGACGGGUGGCUCCGCACAGAGCGUCGGGCCCUACCUGCCUGCUGACAUGCCUGCCAUGAAAACAUGAACAAUGAAAGCCCCUGAUGGCGGGAGGGCUCGAGGCCCACCAGGUCUCAAAACAUUCUUCCUGUCUCUUUGGUUACACUAAGAAGUGUACUGGGGGUGUAAUGGAAACCAAAGAAAUGACUUGGAAGGCAUUGCUUUUUUCCGAGUGCCUUCGGGGUACAAGUUCUGUGGUUUAAGUUCCCGACAGGAAACGGUCACGUGGCUGUUUCUUGAUCCCGUUGCUCCGAACAGCUCAGAUGCUGGGGCUGAAUCAUGACAGUAGCUGAGAACGAUAUUCCACAUUAAGGGAUUUCAUCAUACGCAUCCUCAGUGCGUUUUUCAUUUCCCAGCAUCCCGUGCCGUCCCUCGUAUAGUGCCUUUUAACACUUCCGGCAGUAGUACCAGAAGUAACGCAUCUGUGAAUAUCAGAAUGAAAGAUCUUGUGAUGUUUACUUUAGGAGCUGAGAAGUAGCCAGUUACAACUCCCCAAAGUAUAAAAAGGUAAGUGGCACUUGCAGGGAAAACAAAGUUAAAAUCAAUAGUUUAACAUUGUAGAGUAACACAACUGACACAGUAGGACUAAUAUUGUAACUAAUUCAUAGGUUUGUUACACAUUUAAUGUUAAUUAUGCAGUAUGGGGAAAUGCAUAAUUUGGACUGCUUUUUCUAAUUAUAUUUUGGACUUGCACUGGUACAGUUGGCCUAACCAGUGACCUGAUAGGAAUUUUUUUUUGUAGAAAGGAAGUGAAUAGUGGAUUGUGAUGUCACACUAUUCUUUACAAUUAGUUUAUAUUACAGUUGUAUGUAGCUAAUAUGUAAACAUUUCAUAUUUUCAGAUGAAAGUAAGCAGGACCCUUUUUCCCCUUCAACUGAAAAAAGAAAAGGGGAUAAUAGCAGGUUAUGCUAUAAUAUUGCUUUUUUUAAUUAUUUUAUUUAAACAUGUGUGAGUGCCGUAAACAGUUGGUCCCUUUGGCCUUGUGAAAGUACAGACUGAUUUGUUUAGCAAUUGGAGUGGGAAGAGGUUUCCUCUUCUGUGGUCUGGCUGUGUCCAGUCCCUCUCCUGGGCUGGGUUCAAGUGACCAGUGAACUUGAGUGUCAUUUUUCAGGUACUUUACUGUGUUGUACUUCACACCCCUUCCCUGGAUCUUGUCCUCAUCGGUUUGUGAGUGUAAAUCACUAUUGAUUCGUGAAAUAUUCUGCUUAAAUGUCAGAACACUUGUAUUUCAAGUAGGGAUUGUUUUUAAAACAUCUUAUGUUUGCACAAUAAGCCAUGCUGAGUCAACGGCAUAAUGUUGACUUUAACAAUGGAAUUCGAUGGAGAUAAUUGCAGUUCAGUGAUUGUUGCUACAUAAGCUAAUAAACAUUAGUGUUCCUUUUUUUAAAGGAAUAUUUUUUUUAAACUGUUUGCUGUUUCCUCAUCUGCACAUUUCACCAUGUUGAAAUCAGAAGUUCAGGUGACUGAGUCAGUACUUUUUUUUUUUUUUUUCUUGCACCCC